UUCCUGGGGAACGCCAUACUGCAGCAAGAAUUAGAGGGAACUCUUGAAUCAUCAGUAGGUGUUUCCUGCCGGAACCAUUAAGUGGUGCACUGUCCUUCUUCACAACACACCGGCUUGUAGGUGCCAUGACAUCCAUAAGACAGAGACGAUGCCAUCCAUCAUGUUUACUGCCUGGAUGAUCUGACCAAGCCACCUCUACCAUGUUGUCAGGAUUUGUUGCUGCACGUCACUUCCUGAAGUGGAAGUCUUGCAAUAAAUCAACCCUUGACAUUCAUUGUUGUUCAUCUUAUGCAAAAUGGUGGUUUCUAGGAUUUACCGUCCAGAGGAAAGCUCAUAGAUGGACAAGAGUACCCUCAUCAAAGAUUAACCGGAAGCCAGUAUUUACUGGAGCUUUGACAUUUGGAGACAAAUCAGCCGUAAUAGAUAGUAGCGGCAGCCACAGCUACAAGCAACUUUAUGCCAGCAGCUUGGGACUUGCAAGGACAAUCAACGCCACACUUAACUCUGACUUUGGGUGUCUGGAAGGGAAACGGAUCUCCUUUCUGUGCGCUAAUGAUGCUUCCUAUACAGUGGCCCAGUGGGCUACUUGGAUGAGCGGUGGAACGGCGGUUCCGCUGUACAGAAAACACCCACCGCCUGAACUGGAGUACAUCGUCACAGACUCCCAGAGUGCACUGCUGCUGGCGGGACACCCCUAUGCUGAGAUCUCGGAGCCCCUGGCACAAAGGCUGGGUUUGCCUUGCAUCAAACUUCCGCCUACUUCCAACCUCAGCGCUUUAAACGAAGAUGACAUCCAAGACAUGGAAGAGGUCAGAUCAGAGAGGGCUGAUGGACCAGCUAUGAUCAUCUACACCAGUGGUACUACAGGAAGGCCGAAGGGUGUUCUCCAUACGCACAGCAGCAUCCAAGCCAUGGUCCAGUGUCUGGUCUCUGAGUGGGCGUGGUCCAAAAAUGACAUCAUCCUCCACACACUCCCGCUCCACCAUGUGCACGGCAUCGUCAACAAACUUCUGUGCCCACUCUGGGUCGGCGCCACUUGUGUCAUGCUGCCCGAAUUCCAACCUCAAAAGGUAUGGGAGAUGCUGCUGAGCUCCAAAGCUCCACUGGUUAAUGUCUUCAUGGCCGUGCCAACUAUCUACUCUAAACUCAUUAACUACUAUGAUCAGCACUUCACACAGCCUCAUGUCAAGGACUUUGUCAAAGCCGUGUGCAAAGAGAGGAUCAGGCUCAUGGUCUCUGGCUCUGCUGCCCUGCCGCUGCCCACUCUGCAGCGCUGGGAGGAGAUCACGGGACACACGCUGCUGGAGCGCUACGGCAUGACGGAGAUUGGCAUGGCACUGUCCAACCCUCUGAAGGGCCAACGCAUCCCAGGAGCUGUUGGGUUGCCACUGCCUAGUGUGGAAGUGCGGAUUGUGAUGAAUAACACAAACACCACAAUUGUUGAGGGAAACCACAGAAAGACUCAGAUAAGGCCAGGUCUGGAGAAGAAGGAAGGUGAGCUCCUGGUCCGUGGUCCAUCUGUCUUUAAGGAGUACUGGAACAAACCUCAAGAGACCAAAGAGUCUUUUACUGAUGACGGCUGGUUCAAAACAGGAGACACCGCAGUAUUUCGGGACGGGGUGUAUUGGAUCAUGGGCCGUACCAGCGUUGACAUCAUCAAGAGUGGUGGCUACAAGAUCAGCGCCCUCGAGGUGGAGCGCCACCUGCUGGCUCAUCCAGACAUCACAGAUGUCGCCGUGAUCGGGGCGCCAGACGCGACUUGGGGUCAAAAGGUCACUGCUGUGGUUCAACUGAAAGAAGGCCAAAGUCUCACCUUGCCUGACUUGAAAUCCUGGGGAAGGGAGCACAUGGCGCCCUACGCCGUCCCCGCGGACCUGCUGCUGGUGGACGAGAUACCGAGGAACCAAAUGGGCAAGGUCAACAAGAAGGACCUCCUGAGACACUUCUUCCCCACUGCAAAAAGGGAAAUCUAAGCUCUCCUCGCCUCUCAGCCUUCCUCAUCUCAAUUUCCCCAACACUCGGCCUCCUCCGUCUUCAUCACCGCUCGCGUCAGAUUGCGAGCGGGACCGACUCGACCGCUCGAGUCCCGCUUUGGAGUGAGCCCCGGCGCGCGCAGACAAUAGGCGCAAAGCGAGUCGACGCCGAGGCACGGACGACUUCAAUGUGGAGCGGGUGUGUCGGGGAAAAGAUUGGAUUCUCCACAAAGAGAGCGACGAAGAAGAGAAGAGGAGGAAAAGAUGUUGAAGGUAAUGGAGGAAGAAGUGGUGCUACGGAAGGGAAGGUAUUCAUAGGGCCCACAUUCCUGGGUGGGUCUCGUGUGAGAGGACGAGGGGGGAUUCGUUAUUCUGCAAUGCAAAGUGCUGAAAAUUAUGAAAAGCGCCACUCUACAUAGCAUAGGGGUGUCCAAACUUUUUCAUGUAAAGUAACUAUACAUGGUUAUUACGCCAAAAUCAUCAUCAUCAAUCAAUAGACUGGAUCAAUGGUCAUGUGAUACAGGUGUUAUCCAAGUUUUAUUGUGUUACUAUUUCACCGUUGUGGUCAUGUAAUCCUUUCGGCGCCGUUCAGUUCUAGGAAGACCGCGUGUUUAUUUACCCUCAAAAUGGGGGCGACUCAGCAAAUGCUGGCCAUAUUGA